AUGCUACCACUUCCUGCCGGAAUACAAAAUCAACCACAACCAAGUAGAUUUGGAACGAACCAGCAACAAAUAAUUACUCCAACGAAUGCUCAAAAUCAACAACAACAAACACAACAUGAUAAAACAACCAUUCCUUUCCAUCAACAAAGUGGACUUCAGGCACAUUCACAGCAUAUAUCUGGACAAAAUCAACAAAUACAUCAACAACAUCAUGUUGUAGAAGUCAAUCAUUUCCAUCCAAUAAAUUCACUAAACCAGCAACAAGUACAAUACGAUAGAACAAACAUUCCUUACCCUCCAAUUGUUGGACAUACGCAACAACAUGUUGAAACAAACAAUCCUUCCAGUCAAACAAUUGGAAAUAUUCAUCAACAACCACAAAAUGUUGAAACAAACAUUCCUUCCUAUCCGAUAAGUGGGCUAAAUCAAAAACAAAUGCAUCAACAACAUGUUGAAACAAACAACCAUUACCGGACUAAAAAUCGUAUUCAUUAA